UUAUAGCGAGAGCGUGCAGCACGAAGGCAAUUACUUGUAAUGCAGUUCACAUUUCACACUUCGACGCAGUUAGAAAUCACUUUCCCACAGAUACACCCGAACUGUCUAGAACGAUCUCUGCGUUGCUUCACCAUAAAUAAUCCGUGUUCCCAGUUUCGCGAUAAAUAACGUCACCAUUUACUUUUUAAAUUAGGUCCUUGCACAUAUACUUAAUAGACGUACCUAGUUUGCUAGAACAAAUACAUUUUGAAACUCAACCAAAAUAAACGACCAAGGAGACCAGUUAAAGUUUGGACCUACGCACACAACUGAAUAAUUUCUUGCGAAAUGAUACGCAAGAGUGUUCUGGGUACAUCACAGGAAGAGUGUUUUGAAAGGGUGUUGUAUCCGCGAAACAAGUUAUCGCCUGGCACGAAACCUUGCGUCGUUGGAGGAAACCCGAUAACUGAGGAGCUGGCAGUUGAACUUCGCAUAACUACAUUUGGCACGGCAUCAUGCCCACCGCGAGCAGAAUGGGUCAGGUCGCCCAUUGUAAUGAGAGCACCUGACCAGCCUUUAGCUUACGGCCUGGCAGCUCCUCGCAAUGGUACCAGGUCACUGCUUGCUGGCCUCCAAGCUCAUGUCAUCAAGUGGCUCCUGUUUGAUUCUCGACCUUUGACUAAGGAUAACAAGUCUGCCGAGCCUCCCGAAACCUACUUACGGCCUUCUGAGGAGCGUCAGGAAGAAGCUCUAUGGCGUGCGUGCAGCGAAGUAAUAUGGCGGUGCGCGGGCGGCAUGACCCCUCCGCAGACGGGUCAGCCAAAGGCAGUGGUGGCACUGCCAUCAGAUAUGACGUACGUGCAACACAGCUCGACCUACUAUCAAGAUGGGGUUACCGAAAAGCUGCACUUAUUUGAAUUCACCAAUUUGGAGGAUGUCCAGAUUUUUAUGAAGAGGUAUUUAUACUUGUUUAAAAUUGAAGAAGGAUGCGGCGCUUUGUUGUUGCUGUAUGCUGCAGUGCUGUCAAGAGGAUGUGAAAACGUUAAGAAAGACUUGGAUGGCAAACUGACGUACCUGGUAUCAUCGCACGUGGAAGGGUCGCUAAACGUUGUAACACUGUUGCUCACCGGGCGAGCCACUCCAUAUCUUCACAACGGAGUCGUGUAUAUUGGUGACGAGGACCAUUAUGCUAUGCCGCAGUUCGGAGUAUUGUCACGUAGCCCAGUCGGUCUUCUAGUAUUUUAUGGAAAUGAAGACAAUGCUAAAAAUAACGCUAACCAGCAGCAUCCAGGAUCUAGGCUUAAGACACCAGCUUUGCCUAUUUGGGUUACAAGUUGUUCGGGACAUUAUGGCGUGAUGUUUAAUACAAAUCGUGAAUUGUUAAGGAAUUAUCAUGCGGAAAGGAGAUUUGAUGUGCACUAUUACACUACCGGUGGCUGCCAUGUACUGUUGAAUGUCGAUACUCGCGCCCAUGAUGACCUUGCAGGACCAAUGCGGAAUGAUGACAUUAGCGCCACGCCUCUCGAAAAACUCAUUCAUACAAAAUGGCAAGAUGCGAAAAUAACCUGGACAGGUCCAGGCCCGCACGUCAGCGAUUCUCCAAUCUGAACAACAAGUUAAGAACCAGCUUAUGCAUAGUUGUAGAAGUAGAUUAGCCCUUGAAAAGUAGUUUACUAAAAUAGUUGUUCAAAUGUUAAGACCAAAUGAUUGGAUAUUGAUUAUCGACGUUCUUGCCUUCGUCUUACGUAAUAGGCUCAGUAAUUUACGAGUAUUAAAUUUACUCUUGUAAUAAGUCUGUUAUUAAUAUUCACAAAAUUUUAAUUAACUUGAGCUGAUUUUGCGGAAUUCAUCGUCAGAAUUAUAUUUAGGCUCUUCAGUAAAUUAAAUAACUAUGUAGUAGUAGUGAGUAGGCCUAGGCAUACAACGUUGCGAAGUUUAUAGAAAACGCCAAACGAAAUUGAAAUAAUGUAUGAAAAUCAUCACGUCUCUGUUUGUUGCAUCUGACAUCCUGAUAAUCCUAAUGUUUUUAAGUACUUUUCGAUUGGCGUUUCGGCUACGGCCCCUGAUGUUAGUUUUAGAUCAAUGUUAUAAUGUACGCUUUUAUGUAGUUAUUGAAAAUCUGUUUAGCAAUUAAAAUAAAGAGACAUUAAAAUAGGAUGGUAAGAAAUAAGGAAUAUUUUAGACAAAUGUCAAUAGAAGCUUAAAAGUAUGGCUAGAAUUGAGUAGUUAUGUGAGCAACAUUAUGUAAAAUGUUUUUAACAUGAAUAAAGAUACAUAUUCUCGUUUCAAUGCGUAA